CAAAAAGUCGCACAUAAACCAAUCCGUUCCUUACGGCUCUACCCGAGUCUGCUCCUCCCGCGAUCCCGCGGUAAGAGAAGGAAGGAAGGCCCCAUUGCUGCACUUAUUCCUGCACCUGCGGAGUUCUUCUACCUAACACAGUUUCUCUACCUAACACAGUUUCUCUGUACAGCUUUUAACUCUCCUUUCUCUCAAAUCAUCGAAGGAAGCAAAGCAUCUCCCUCUUUAUUGAACUCUCUGUUCCCUUCCCUUUCAUUUGCAGACCGUAAGCCCCACGCCUUCCUUUUUUAUUGGUACGAAUACUUUGCUGGUCUUCUUGCCUUUCUAGUUUUGUAAUGAUCGCCUCUGUUUCGAUUCAAUUGGAGCAAUCUAAAGUAAAGAAUUAGGGAAUCCCUCUCCCCCUAUUUCCCUUUUCUGUGGACUUCUAAUGAUUGUGAUAUUUCUUGUUGGAUAUAUGAGUUUAAACCAUACUUCUUGGUGUUGUUUAUUGAGUUUCAAGUCAUUCUUUUGUGGUUGUUUUUUCUUUCAUGCACAUGGAUUCGCUUCGUUCUAAUCUUUCCGUUUUCCCAUUACAAUGGUGAAAAAAACUCAAUUGUUCAGAAAAGAUCUGUUGUUAUGCUCACAAAAAUCAUUUUCGAUGACUGGAGUUGAUUUUAUAGUCGUUGUUCCUCCUUGUUUGAACCUGAAUUUGUCUUCCACACACGGUCAUUGGGAUCCAUCUUACUUUCUUCGUUCCCUGCUCUAAUUUUUUUUUUUUUUUUUUUGUUCUGUCUGAACCAUUGAUUUAUAACUGUUUUCUUCAAGUUUAGACUAUCUUUUCAGAGACAGCUACAAUAAUUGAAUCGGAUUUUCUGUAUCGUGUACAAUUAACCCAUCAUGAGUUUCUUAGCAGAAUUUUCAGAUCAUACCUGGAAGCCUGUCAUGACUACUGAUACUAAUACUAAUACUUUAAGUUAUUGGUUGAACUGGAGGUUCUUUUUAUGUGCUGUCUUUCUAUCAACCGCUAUGGUAGUGGCAUCCUUAUUAAUAUGGAAAUAUGAAGGCUUCAAAAGACCCAAAUCUGGGUCGAGAGAUGAUUCACAAGAUUCAGCAGGGUCAUUGUAUGAAGAUGAACUCUGGCGGCCGUGUCUGAAAGGAAUUCAUCCAGCUUGGCUGCUAGCUUACAGAAUGCUUGCUUUUGCUGUGCUUUUCGGAUUGAUAUUAGGUGACGCUGUUGUUGUUGGAGGCAGGAUAUUCUUAUUUUAUACUCAGUGGACGUUCACAUUGGUCACGCUCUACUUUGGGCUUGCAACUUCAUUCUCCAUUUAUGGUUGUUAUAAUAGUGGCAGCUCAGCCGAGCGUACAAGUUUAGAUGCAGAGCGAGGCACUUAUGUGCCGCCGACUCUUGGUGGGGAGAAUCCUGAUAUGGCCAAUACAGCCAAGAGUUUGAACUCCCCUGAAGAUCUUCAUGAACGCAAAGCUGCUGGUGUGGGUGGAUAUGCAUUUCAAAUUAUUUUUCAGACAUCUGCAGGUGCUGUAGUACUCACAGACAUAGUAUUUUGGUUCAUUCUUUAUCCAUAUCUUCUAUCUCGAGGACGUGGGCUAAGUUUUUUCGUUGUUACCAUGCACUCGGUAAAUGCUGUUUGUCUUCUUGGCGAAACAAUCUUGAAUGAUUUGCGAUAUCCACUCUUCCGGAUUGGAUAUUUUGUAUUGUGGACAGGGACGUUUGUCAUUUUUCAAUGGAUCCUCCACGCUUUUGUUUCAAUGCCGUGGCCUUAUCCAUUUCUUGAUUUGUCACCCCCAUCUGCUCCCUUAUGGUAUGCUGGGGUUGGGUUGAUGAAUGUCCCUUGUUUUGGGGUCUUCGCUUUAGUGAUCAAAAUCAAGCAGUCUCUAUUGCCAAAAUUGUUCCCGUGAAACGCGAGAUGAUGAUUGAAGCAGACGAUCAUCGAACCAUGGGUUAUGAAGCUUUGUUUUCCAGUGAUCCCCAUCAUGUUUUGCUUCGAAUUAUCGAGCGAGGACGGUAAUAUUAUACUCAUACAACAUACUGAGCGGCCAAACACGACAACGAAGUGCAAAAAAAACGCAGGCCUUGGAUGGACUCAUACUCUUAACAAUGCUAGACGAAGGGUGCCAGCUUUUUUAGCCUAUUUCAUAGUUCAAUAGAAUCAAAACUCUUAUCUUUUAGUUAUAAAUUGAUUAAAAGCGGAGAGUAUUGCAGAAAACAAUAAUUUUGGUUAUAUUUUUUUUAUAAAUCAAGGCAGAGACAGUCACCAUGAUAUACGUUUUAAUU